CUCAAGGCGUAGUGAAACGUCUCACGCAAGGUAACCAACAAGUAAUGAAUUACCAAGACUACAUACCAUUGAAACAUCAAAAGAAAAUGGACAGUGUUGAUCCUCACAACACAGAUGGAGCUAAACCACCUUGGACCUCUGCUGUAAGCCCUGCAAUAAGCCCUCAUUUGCCAUCUCCACCUGGAAACCAUGUGGGGUUUGUUACAACAGGCGGUGACAGAGCUCCUUCACAUCUUGGUGGGGUAAAACAAGAACCUCGAUCUCCACGCAAAUCGGGACAUCCACACUCUCAAUUUACUAAAGUGUCCUCACCCAUAGGCUCGUCAUCACCCAAGGGGAUACCAGUGAUGCUGUCCACUGCCAUGCAGCAGUACAUUCCUGCUGUACAUCACCCAGAGCAGUCUGUUAUCAUGCCGCCUCACAGUGUGCCUGGAGGCUUAGGACGGAUGUCUCCUCACUGUGUUACUCAAUCAAUACCAGUGGGGCACCUUGGAGACGUUAGGGUCAAUACCCCACCUCUCUCUGUAAUGAGCUAUGGGAUGCAUACUGACUCUCAUGCAUCUCCCUGGUCUGGUGCCAUUCAGCCUCGGCCUUCCUCACCCCAGGCUGUGACCAGAGAAAAGGUUCUAAAGGUAAACCCUGGUUCUUUGAGGAGUCAUGAAGGGGAACAGGAGGAAUCCAGACACUUCAGAUCAGAUCCUCGUGGGCCUUUGCGGGGUAGUGUUCAGUUGGAACCAUACAUGACACAGAGAGAUGUGCGAGUGCGAGUGCACCAACAAGGGGAGCGUUCUACCACAGACCCACAUUCUGCACACGUUCAAGAGACUCUUAACAAAGAUAUAACAAAGUCUUUAGAGGCAAAGAGGCCACACUCCCCUCUUCCUAAGGAUGGAAUGAUGGGGAUCAGACAACCUGGGCCAGCAAUGGCAUCUCCCCAGAGAGUUCAACUAAUGCCACCAGGACCUAGUGGCUCAUUUCCAGAAUAUUCAGGGAUGUACUCAAACCCUAGAGGACUACAUUCUCAAAUACCGGAGGCAUCUCCUGUUGGACUUAAUCAGCCACCGCUGAAUAUCACGCCAACUAUGAGCACCGACCUCCAGUCAAAACCAGAUGGCAAGAUGGCGCAGCCUGUUAACAUGGUGCAGUUGCUCACGAAAUACCCUAUUGUGUGGCAAGGCCUGCUGGCACUGAAGAAUGACACAGCUGCAGUCCAGCUGCAUUUUGUUUGCGGCAACAAAGCUUUGGCUCAUCGAUCAUUGCCGCUACAAGAAGGAGGCGCACUGCUUCGGAUUGUUCAGAGAAUGAGACUAGAGGCAUCCCAGCUGGAGAGUGUAGCCAGAAGAAUGACGGGUGACAGUGACUACUGUCUUCUCCUCGCUCUACCGUGUGGACGAGACCAAGACGAUGUCCUAAACCAAACUCAAGCUCUUAAGGCAGCAUUCAUCAACUACUUGCAGACAAAGUUGGCUGCUGGUAUUAUCAAUAUUCCCAAUCCAGGUUCAAAUCAGCCUGCCUACGUGCUACAGAUUUUCCCACCGUGCGAGUUUUCGGAGAGCCACUUAUCACAGCUCGCCCCCGACCUUCUCAACAGGAUCUCCAGCAUCUCACCACACCUCAUGAUUGUCAUCACCUCUGUCUGACCGUCACUGCUGGGAACCAUCCCAUCGACCGAUGUUCUCGCUGAUGAGCCUCAGGAAGGCAGAGGAAUAUGAGAAUUUGUUUUUCCAGGAUACACUGGGAAUGUGUAGGAUAUAUACUUCACCAACAUGUUUUUUUUUCCCCUCCCACACCAAAUCUUUUUUUCUUUUUUUUUUUCCGUCACUCCGGUCUGGUGUAUUUGUCCUUCUCAAAAGAACUCAGGGAUGGAUCAAACCAGAAAGAGUCUUACUUGACCAUUUCUCUGCUGUAUUGCUAUUUAUUGGAGUUUUAUUUUAGGAUUCGGAGAUGCUCUGAAGAAAAAAAAAAAUAAUAAUAAUCAGGAUGUUUGGUGACUACCUGGGUGGCCUGUUUCCUUUUCUGUCUGCUUAUUGGUUGUUAUAUUCAUUUCUUCACAUGAGAAAAUCAUAGAAGCUGUUGUACCGCCAUGGAUGAAAAGACAUUUCAACUUGUAAUUUUAAAUGAUUAUGUACAGACUUCACUUGUAAAACUUCGGAGACCCUGUAGAGGACCACGGUUGAUUAACAGCUCCUUUAAUUCCACCAGCUCUGCUCAUUUUUCUCACACUACUGAAGCACCUCUGGCGCCUGCCGUUGCAUUGAACAAGCUACAGUACGAUUUGGGAGUUUUUGAAUACAGGACUUUGUAAAUAUUUUAAAUAUUUAAACUUCAAUGGAACUUGGACGGAGACUUGAACUCUGGGACUUAACAGAGCGUGGAAAUUUAGGUGGAUGAAUCCUUAAUUUUUGGGUGUAAAUACUUGUAACACAAGAAGGUUGGCAAACUCUCCUGUGGAGUCUGCUGAUGGCACUUCAUAUUUUGUAACUGAAAUAAAACAAACUCCAGAAACAA